AUGACCCCGAGGCGAUCGGCGCCGGCGCUCGGGCGCGGACCGGCGGAGGCGCGGCGGGGGAUCCAGCCUCGGCAGCGAGUUGGAUCGGGAUCGGGGAGCCAUGCCGGGGCCACAGAAGAGGACCUUGUGCACGACCGCGUGGUUGGCGUCCUCGGAGGAGGGCAGUUGGGAAGGAUGCUUGCUUUGGAAGCGGCCCGCAUGGGAAUCCAAAUUAGGUUUCUGGAUCCCACCGAAAAUGCACCAGCAGCAGUGGCAGCGGAGCAGCUCGUUGGCAGCUUCCAAGAUAGGGACAAGAUCUUGGAAUUCGCCCAGGGCUGUGACGUUGUGACUGUGGAGAUCGAGCAUGUGAACACGGCAGCACUCGAGGAGGUGCAGUCAGAGCUGGGAGUCAGUGUGCAUCCAAGCCCAGAAACGCUGAGAAUCAUCCAGGACAAGUUUGCUCAGAAGCAGCACCUCAUGCAGCAUGGCAUCCCUGUAGUGCAGUGUAUGGAGAUUAACGACCUGAGUGACCUGCACAACGCCUGUGCCAAAGGCUACCCUGUGAUGCUGAAAGCCAGGAGGCUGGCCUACGAUGGCCGCGGCAACUACAUCAUCGGCGGCGCCAGCCAGCUGGACGAGGCCGUCGGGGCUCUGGGCGGAUUCGAGGCCGGGCUGUACGCCGAGCAGUGGGUGCCCUUCGCCAAGGAGCUGGCGGUGAUGGUCGCCCGCACGCGUGACGGCCGCGUGCUGCCCUUCCCCGUGGUGGAGACCAUCCACCGGGAGAGCAUCUGCUUCGUGACGGAGGCGCCCGCCGACGUGCCGCGGGAGGUUGCGGACGAGGCGCGGGACGUGGCGGAGAGGGCGGUGGGGUGUCUUGACGGCGCCGGCGUCUUUGGGGUCGAGCUGUUUUGGGUGGCAUCCGGCGGGGUCAUCGUCAACGAGAUCGCGCCGCGGCCGCACAACUCCGGCCACUACACGAUGGACGGCUGCCGCACCAGCCAGUUCGAGCAGCACCUGCGGGCGGUGCUGGGUUGGCAGCUGGGGGACCCGGGCAUGGGCGCCGGCUGCGCGGUGAUGUACAACCUGCUGGGCGAGGCGGAGGGGGAGGAGGGGCUGGCGCGGGCGCGGCGGGCGCUGGCCACGGCGCGCGGUCUGCCGGGGGCGGUGGCGCACUGGUACGGCAAGGAGGGCAUCACCAAGAGGCGGAAGAUAGGCCACAUCAACAUCGUGGGUGAGAGCCGUGAAGCUGUUCGUGAGCAACUCGCUACCCUGGACCAACUGGCAGCAAAUGCGCUGCAGGCCACUGGUAUCCAGCCACAGAUGGCGAACGGACACCCCAACCAGCCUGUGGUGGGCAUCAUAAUGGGUUCCGACUCCGACCUGCCAACGAUGUCUCCUGCGGCAGACGUCCUUCAGGGGCAGUUUGGCAUCCCUUGUGAGGUGAAGAUCGUGUCAGCACACAGGACGCCCGAGAGGAUGAUGGAGUACGCGAAGAGCGCCCACAUACGGGGCAUCAAGGUCAUAAUCGCUGGGGCAGGUGGUGCCGCACACCUGCCAGGCAUGGUUGCUGCCAUGACCCCCCUGCCAGUGAUCGGCGUCCCAGUAACGCCAGAAGGAAGCCACCUGGAUGGACUCGACGCCCUCAUGUCGAUCGUGCAAAUGCCCAAGGGCGUGCCCGUAGCAACAGUGGCCAUAGGCAAUGCCACGAACGCAGGCCUGUUGGCGAUCCGAAUCUUGGCAGCUCACGACCAAGGGCUGAUCAACUCCAUGAUGGAGUACCAGGAGGGCAUGAAGCAGAUAGUCACAGAAAAGGCAAUCAGGUUAGAGGAAGUGGGCUGGAAGAACUAUGAGAGGCAGUAG